GUCCCACGUGGUGCGGCUCCUCUCUCCGCUGCUGCCCGGGAGCGCGUGGCCAUGGCGGCGCUGUACAACUUCAAGAAGAUCACCGUAGUGCCGACCGCCAAGGACUUCAUUGACCUGACAUUAUCGAAGACCCAGCGGAAAACCCCAACUGUGAUUCACAAAAAUUAUCAGAUUAACCGCAUUCGCCACUUUUAUAUGCGAAAAAUUAAAUUCACUCAACAAAACUAUCAUGAUCGUCUCACUCAGAUUAUAACUGAUUUCCCUAAACUGGAUGAUAUCCACCCUUUUUAUGCUGAUUUAAUGAAUGUGCUGUAUGACAAAGAUCACUACAAGCUGGCGUUAGGGCAGAUCAACAUUGCCAAGAACCUCAUUGACAACGUUGGUAAGGAUUAUACCCGUCUGAUGAAGUAUGGCGAUUCUCUGUACCGUUGCAAACAGUUGAAACGUGCAGCGCUGGGGCGUAUGUGUACCAUUCUCAAGCGUCAGAAGCAGAGUUUGGAGUAUUUAGAACAAGUACGGCAACAUCUUUCUCGUCUGCCAUCUAUUGACCCCAACACAAGAACUCUCUUACUCUGUGGGUAUCCUAAUGUUGGAAAAUCCAGCUUCAUCAACAAGAUAACUCGAGCGGAUGUUGAAGUGCAGCCUUAUGCCUUUACUACAAAGUCGCUGUUCGUGGGACAUAUGGAUUACAAAUACCUGCGCUGGCAGGUAGUGGAUACUCCAGGUAUCUUGGAUCACCCUUUGGAAGAACGGAAUACCAUCGAGAUGCAGGCUAUCACCGCAUUGGCGCAUCUCCGUGCCGCUGUUCUGUAUAUGAUGGAUGUCUCUGAGCAAUGUGGCCACACCGUGGAGGAACAGCUGGAACUCUUCAACAACAUCAGACCACUUUUUGCUAACAAGCCUCUGAUUAUUGUUGCAAACAAAUGUGAUGUGAAGAAGAUAGAUGAACUUUCUGAAGAGCAUCAGAAAAUCUUUGCAGACUUAACAGCUGAUGGAGUCGCAAUAAAAGAAACAAGUACUCUGACAGAGGAAGGAGUCAUCAAAGUGAAAACCGAGGCCUGCGAUACAUUGCUUAUUCAUCGCGUCGAUUCAAAAAUGAAAGGCAAGAAGGUACAUGAUGUGCUGAACAGACUCCAUCUCGCAAUCCCAUCAAAGAGAGAUGACAGGGAGAGGACGCCCUACAUCCCCGAAGGAGCAUCAACACGCAGGAAAAUGGAGACUGAUGCACCAAAGCGCAAAACGGAGCGAGAUUUGGAAUUGGAGCUGGGCGAUGAUUAUGUCCUUGACCUUCAGAAAUAUUGGGAUUUGAUGAAUGAAUUCGAGAAGCAAGAUAGGAUUCCAGAAAUAUGGGAAGGUCACAAUGUAGCUGACUACAUUGACCCUCUCAUUAUGAAGAAACUUCAAGAGCUGGAAAAAGAAGAAGGACUCAAGGAAGCUGCUGGUGAAUACGAUUCCGAUUCUGAGAGCGAUGACGACGAGAUGAAAGACAUCCGGAAGUUGGCCAGUAAGAUCAGAGAGAAGAAGAAAAUGCGAAUUCUGCUUUCCAGAGAGAAACAAACUAAGAAGGGUCCCAAAAUGCCCAGAACUGCUAAAAAGGUUGAACGAAAAACGUUGGAGAAGGAGAUGAGUUCUCUUGGUCUGGAUAUGGAAAGUAAAGAUGAAACACACUAUGCACAGCUGGCUAGACGAUCGAGGAGUAUCACCAGAAAGCGUAAACGUGACGAAUCUCAGCCGCCAACCUCGGUAACACGCAGUCGCAGCAAUUCCCGCACGCCGCGUGAUCUUUCUGGCGUGCGCGACGAGAAGAUGUUGAAAAAGGUUAAGAGGAUGAUGAAGAACUCCCAGCAGGGUAUGAAUCGUCUGGGCAAGAAGGGAGAGGCUGACAGACACGUUUUCGAUCUUAAACCAAAGCAUCUCUUUGCUGGCAAGAGCAAGAUGGGUAAAAAGGAUAGAAGAUAAAUAAUAUAUGGUACUCCAGGUUACGGGACUUCUUUAAUUGUAAUCCAUCAUGAAAAAUAAUUGAAGAGUUUCGGAAUAUCCUGUGAUUAAAAUGACAAAAUGUUAUCGCGUUGUUGAGUCUGGGUCCUAAAUACAAAAGAUAAUUCAUUGCCUGGAUAAGUUUAUGUCUUCCAGGAUUUUAAAAGGCCAUUUGAAAGUGUGCAUUGCAGUUUUACGGGAGCUUUGGGUAGAAUCUUGAUGUGAAAAAGUGCCUAAUGCUACCGAGUAUUCCCUUGACAGCCAUUUGAUAUUUUCGACACUGCCUUCGGACAACUUGAAUGCAAUGUGCAAUGAUUUCAGGUUCCUUCUGUGUUCAGUGAACGAACACAGCUUUUACACUUGUUUGCCAGGUGCACGUCGCGACAAUUUUUAUAAUUAGAUAAUUUGCCAAGUUAUAUAUCCUUCACAGGUUGUUCCGGGUUACAAUUUAAAUUUUGUUUAAAUGUUACAUUUGCAAAGUCUUCAUAACUCGACCCUGGCUUAACUUGCCACUACCACUGAAGUGGCCGUGCUGUCAAAUAUCCCUCCACUUUACUUGUCGCUCUGCUAACUCGUCACGCUCUAGAAAUUCUUAAGUACUUGCAAAAUUGAUCGGAUAACCCGUCCUAUAAGGUGGCGUCUUGCAGAAGCCUCCAGCCCUAUCCUGUGACGGCAUAGGAUGGAAGAUUAUCCAGAGUUUACUGGACAUUUGCCUUUCUUUUGUCAUUGUCUUUCUAUCAUUUCCUCCUCCUAAUGUCUUUCAGACGUGCAGUGCAACACUUUGUAUUUUAAUAAGCAAACUGAUGGAAAGAAUGUUCUACUUUUGGUUUAAAUUGAACAAUUUUUGAAAAACAUUGUGAAAUAUCAUCCGACUCUUACAAGAAAGCACAAUCCAUAUGAAAAAUAAUUUGUGUUUUCACCAUCAGAUGGAAUAUUUAGUGAAUUGACUAAAUUGUGUGAUUACUGGAGAAAGACCAUGUGGCCGCUUAAGAGCUUUGUAUCGAUGUUGCAGUUGGGGGCCUGUAAAAUGGCACUUCAUUAUAAAGCAAUUUUAUUUCUAA